AUGGAUUCUAGUAAUCCAUAUAGUCACACAUCCAAGUUUGUGGACCUUUUGAACUGUCAACAAGAUUCUAACCUUCCCGAACCCUUUCCUUAUGAAAGCGCUUCACAACUCCCAGUGUUCAGUACUCAACCAACUGAACCUGCAAACACCAGUGCCGAACCAACUGAAACUGCAAACACAAGCUUCUGUGGAGACUCACGUUCAGUGCGCAAAGAAAGAAGAAAAUGGCCUCCCUCUGAUGAUCUAGUGCUCAUUAGCGCCUGGUUAAACACCAGCAAGGAUGCUAUAGUCAGCAAUGAGCAAAAAGCAAGUACUUUCUGGGGCCGCAUUGCCGCUUACUUUGCAGCUAGUCCGAAGGUGGUAGGAGGUGAUCCCCCAGAACCUCUUCAGUGCAAUCAAUAUUUUGAUCAAACGUUCGAGGAUUUGUGCAUAAAUCAUGAUGAUCAAGAAGAUACAAGGAAGAAAAGGAAAAAACGAGUCUACAUUGAAAGAAAUCGUGAAGAAGGCAAUGUGCGUUUAUGGAAUGAUUAUUUCAGCGAAACUCCAACAUAUACUCAAAAUCUAUUCCGUCGGCGAUUUAGAAUGAACAAACCAUUGUUCAUGCGUAUUGUUGAUCGACUCUCCAAUGAAGUUGAAUUCUUUCGACAAAAGAAAGAUGCUCUCGGAAGGUCUAGUCUUUCUCCACUUCAAAAGUGUACAGCAGUCAUUCGUGUCUUAGCAUAUGGUAGUACGGCUGAUGUUGUUGACGAAUACCUCCGUCUCGGUGAAACUACUACUCGGUCAUGUGUGGAACAUUUUGUGGAAGGAAUAAUUUCUUUAUUCGGCGUUGAGUACCUAAGAAGACCAACACCCGCUGAUCUUCAACGUCUACUUCAAGUUGGUGAGUUCCGUGGAUUUCCCGGGAUGAUAGGAAGCAUCGAUUGUAUGCAUUGGGAGUGGAAGAAUUGUUCCACCGCUUGGAAAGGGCAAUACACACGGGGUUCAGGAACACCCACAAUUGUUUUAGAGGCGGUUGCUUCGUAUGAUCUAUGGAUAUGGCAUGCGUUUUUUGGUCCUCCAGGUACCUUAAAUAAUAUCAAUGUUCUUGAACGCUCACCUGUUUUUGAUGAUAUAAUAAAAGGUCAAGCUCCAGAAGUCACUUUCUCUGUCAAUGGAAGAGAGUAUCAUUUGGCUUACUAUCUCACAGACGGUAUUUAUCCAAAAUGGGCAACUUUUAUCCAAUCUAUUUCAAUGCCACAAGUGCCGAAAGCGGUUUUAUUUGCUCAACAUCAAGAAGCUGUCCGAAAAGAUGUCGAGCGUGCUUUUGGAGUUUUGCAAGCUCGAUUUGCCAUUGUUAAAAACCCCGCGCUUUUCUGGGAUAAAGCCAAAAUUGGGAAUAUUAUGAGAGCAUGUAUCAUACUCCAUAAUAUGAUCGUUGAAGACGAAUGAGAUGGAUAUACUCUAUCUAAUGUUUCAGAGUUUCAACAAGGAGAAGAGUCUGGAAGUUCACAUAUCGAUCUCGAUUAUUCUACGGAUAUGCCUACAAAUAUCGCCAAUAUGAUGGGUGUUCGAACAAGAAUUCAUGAUCGACAAAUGCAUCAACGACUCAAAGCUGAUUUGGUUGAAUAUUUAUGGAGUAAAUUUGGACGUGAC